CGGAAAAUGACAGGAGCGAGAUGAAUUCAGGGGAGAUAAUGAUGCAUUAUCCUUGCAGAUGUAGAGCUGUGUUUGGUUAGGCUAGGGAAGUCAACAAGUAAAUGAUUGGAUAGUCAAUCUUGGUGAUCAUUUAGUUGGGUUUAUGAAAGCCGUUAUAUUUUGUGAAUAUUAAAAGUUUUUUUAUGGCUAUUUUGGUGCUUUCUAUUUUAAAAACCUUUUGUUUAAAUAGCUCUGUGGGACCUCAAUUCACACAGGGCACGUGAAAUAAAGAUUACCAGUUCGUAAGUUCAUAUGGAGUUGUGUGUCUAGCACAACGCCAAAUCGCGUUUUUUGUGGUUUUUUUUUUUAAGAAACGUUAUUUAUCUGCAGCUGCUCAUGCGUUUAUAUCAUGAGUAGAGCAAGCAUACGCUACAUCAUUAUUUUAAAAUAACUAACUUGUAAGUAUUUACGGACCUACAAUAUUUGUGCAAACUUCCAACAAGGUGGUCACGCUUGGUUGUUGCAUAUCACCUCGACACGUCUAGCCAUAUGUUUGAGGUGUAGACCCUAAAUCAGGUGUGCAUAGAUAUAAUCAAACAAAAUGUUUUGCUGGGCAUUCGACCUGUUAUUGACUACACUAAUAUUGUUAGGCGCCCAUCAAUUAGUAGCAAGCCAAAGUAAUAGUAAAGGGAGAGCAUUCAUGCUGGCCUUUCUUCCAAAUUUCAACAUGACUACAAACAGCAGCCUCCUUGUUACCACAGACGCUGCGACUACUGUUCACAUCUAUAUUGCCGCUACUGGCAAUCACACACGCUAUGUAAUCUCAAAGGAUUCCAGCUUACACAUCAAGCUUCCCAAAGAAGUCACAGUUUUCACAAAUCUGAAAAUUGCCAAGAAUAAAGCAGUCUUUGUGUAUGCCACACAGCCAGUUUCUGUCUAUGGCAUCAGUUCCCAGUUCUUAUCAAGCUCUCAAGCUGCCUUUCUGGCAAUACCCAUUGAAAAGUGGGGUCAAAGUUAUAUAGUUGCUACCUAUUCAACAUUGAAAAAAAGAAUAGCUGAGAUUAUAAUUUUAGUAGCAGAAAACACUGUCUUUACCAUAUAUUUGAAUUCUAUUGGAUCAAACCAAUGUAGUACACAACAUAUUGAUGGAUGACAAUCACUAUCUUACAUAUUUGAAAGAGAGGAUGUUUUUAGGAUAAGCUGUGUCAAUGAUUUGACAGGCUCUGUUAUCAAGGGUUCUCAUCCUUUUGGAGUAAUAGCAGGUGACCAGUGUAUUAGUAAUUCAAAAAGAAUAGACAGUCUCAAGCCCUGUGAUCAAAUGAUGGAGAUGAUGAUCCCUUCCACCUUGCUGGGUCACAGUUACAUUGUCUCCUCCUUGGUCAAUAGACGGUCCAAACUUAGAAUUGUUUAUAAUUACUUAGAAUUAAAAGCAGCAGAUAUACCAUUCAAUGUGAGCUUCACCAUUUUAUCAGGAUCUAAUGCAACAACCUCAUUUAAAAAUGUAUUUUUUGAAGAAGUAGUUUUAGAACCAGGCACAGUGGCAAGUGUGAAGGUUGAGAGCCACAAAUCAGUGAUGGUCAUCUUGUAUUCAUUUGGGCCAGUAGAUAGUGCUGCCAUGACAGUGGUGCCACCUGUGGAAAGAUUUGAUGCUGAAUACAAUGUAUUUUUCAACCGGCACAAUUUUUCUGAUAGGGCAACAAAUGGUUCCUAUUAUGUGGAUGUAUACAUGCCGAUAGAAAGAAUGGCUUACAAUUUAGAAGGAUUUGAAGUCUCCACUAUUAACGCUACUAACUUUGGUGUACUACAUGCAAAGAAUGUAAAUAAAUCUAUAGCUCUUCUUUCCGAGAAAACAUUUUACUCCAACAGUAACAUUAUAGUAACAGUAUCAGAUUCUCUCUCAUCAAUGGCAUUCUUGGCAGGAAUGAAGAUAGAUUUCUUCACAGGGACAGACAACUGCUCCAGUAGCCCCUGUCAAAAUGAUGGAUAUUGUUAUGCAUUUGGCAAUACCUUAAGAUGUUUCUGUGGUGAUCAGCUGUUGGGUGACUUCUGUGAAACAGAUAUCCGUAACUCAUGUUUGAGUCAGCCUUGUCUAAAUGGAGGCACUUGUAAGGAUGAAGUUUUCGAUUUUACCUGCAAAUGUCCCAAAAAUUUUAUGGGGAAAAUAUGUGAUUCAGCCACUUCUCAGCCCACACCAUCCACCAGUAAAAGUGCCAGCACUUCAAAACUGUCCAGCACAAUGAAACCACAUAAAUCCCAUGAACGUCCUGUAUGCAACUGUACCUGUGACAAUAAGACUGUGGAGGAGAUCACAAAAAGCAAGGAAGAAAUAGAGAAAGAAUUAAAAGUUGACCCUAAGACAGUUCACAAAACUAUAACCAAAUACACAAGUACUUAUGACAAAAGACCCUCAGCUGCUGGGAUUGGUAUCUUGGGUAUAGUUUUUGUGUCUGCACUGUUUGGAAGUAUAGUUUUUCUUGACCUGAUGUCUGCUGUCCACUACAUCCUGUCAAGGUGUCUUUGGAAAGGCAAGAAACAGCUUAAGCAAAGCAAAAAUACUGCAGCAACACCUUUCCAAACUCAUGACAAGCUCAAAGCAAGCCACCUAUACAAAUCUUCUUCUGUAAGAAAAACAUCUACGUUUAAAGAUGGCAUUGUCUUGCCAAGGUUCAUACUGGACAGAAAUGGUUCUGUUGUGUUAGAUAAGAAAAGCUCUGAUUUCAGGUUUAAAAGGCUUCUGUGGUCUUUAAAACAAGAGAUGGCAAGUUGGGAGUUUGAUACAAUCAUGGACAAUGAGGUCCAUGUGGAUAAAAGCAGCUUUGAUUUGACUGAUACAGAAAAGACAGACAACAUUUAUGAUGAAGUGAAGCUCAAUAACUCGGAGGAAAUCAGAAACAGUUCACUAGAUACUGACAUUGAAUACAAAAGUUGUGAGAAUGAUGUGUGUGAUUUAAGUCAAAACCCACUAGCUGGGGUAGACAACUCUUCAAUUAACAAUAUGGAGGAAGAUAAUUCCAAAACUCACAUGAGUGAUGACAAUGACGGAAUGUGUAAUUACUCAAAAAAUAUUUAUUCUGAUUGUGAUUCAAUAGAAAUGAAUAAUUUCUUACAGAGUAUGUCACCAAAAGAUCACAUCAUAAUGGAAAAAAACAUCCAGCCAUAAAACAUUUUUGCACACAGUGUAAUAUUCAUAAAGUGAGUCUACCAGAAAGUAUGCUGUGCAAAUUGUAUUUCUAGUAUUUAACUCAUAAGGGUAUCAUUAAAGUAAUGUUAUGGUGCUGUCUCUGCAAAACAAUACUGGCACAAUUUCUAUAAGACCAAAUGAAACUACAAAGAUAUGUAUAGACUGAGAAAAGACAAAUAUGUUCUUCUAGCAAGCUUUUUGCUGCUGAGUUGUAGACUCUUUUGCAGUCUACGCGAAGAAAAAAUAGCUUGCUGUUUUAUUCAGCAGUUCCAGACUGCCAAGCAGAGUGUUAUUUAUAAUGGGUUGUCUAAGGGAAAGUUAAGAUAUUAUGUAAUUACAUAAUAAAAAACAAAAAAAUAUUCAAAUGAAAUAACAGAUAUAAUGGUCCCUUGAAUUUCGCUGAAGGCUAUAUGAUGGGUUUUCAAAUAGUAUUAGUGGAAAAAAUACUCUGCAUUUUCUUUUAACACCAUGGGUUUUCUGUUGUACACCUGGUGUAUAUGUACUGUUUUGGGGAAAAAACUGAAAACGUCACCAAAGCGCCAAAGAAGUCAAUACAUUUUUCCACUAUUUCUAUAGAUACCAUGAUGAAAAAUGUGUUUGGGAAAAAUAAGUCUUUUGCAAAAUUUCAAUUUUUUGUUAUAGUACUUUAUUGGGGAGGGGAGGGGUGAGAGUUAAAACAGAUUGUUGGCAUCAUGCAUAAGUAAUAUAAAAAAUUCCCUUAGGAAAAUUAAAUUGGGGCAUUCAAAAAUAUCUCAAAGAGGGGUGUGUUGGUAGUUUUAUUCUGUUAUGGUGAAAAUGUAAAAGGUGUGUGUCCUGAGUUGAAAGAUUGUCGACUGUUCUUUGCAGGAGAGAAAAUGGAUACUGGUCUAGUUUUUUUGGCUUGGUCAUUUCUCUGUACAUAACUUAGCCUAUAUAGUUUCCUGAAUAAAAAACACAAUAUCUUA